CCAUACAAAGCUUUGAAGUUGGAAAUAAGACACCAGCCUUCGCUGAACAAGCAAGAGACGAGAUGGUCUUUACAGCAAUUAGGGAAAUCCGACAAGAAAGCCGUCAGAUGCAGGAGAACAUGUUACGGCUCACAGAAGCAGUAAGCAAGCUGCAGAUAAAUCUGCUGCCUGAACCCAAAAUCCAGCAGGAAAGGCAACAUUCUAUUGCAGCUAAGUCAUUUAAGAUUUGGAACUUCAAGAUUCUCCAUGCACAUCUGGAUCAGAGUCAGAAGCCAUUUCCCAAUUUGAAUGUCUAAAAACAAAUGUUGAUCAAGCAGAAGCAGAAGUGGAGGAGGAAGGUUUACCCCUUCAACACCCACCCCCAGCUGAAAGACAAUGCUUGUCUCCUUCUCAUUACUCCUAUUUCAAGUCGGCUUCCGUGAUGAAUGAUGACAUACAAGAUGUAGGUCAUGAUGUGCAAAGGAUGGACGUAAGGGAAGGGGGACCUUCACAUACAUAUGGUGAUGUUCGGCCACGGCAGUACCAAUUUCCCACAGAAUAUUCACAAAUAUCUCACUAUCAUGGAGUGCAGUAUCCCCAUGCUACAAGUAAUGUUCUUCAUCC